CGUGUAAAUAAAUCGAAUGUCCCAUUAAUACAAUCACGCUGAUACUUUAAAAGAGAGCGAAAUUUAUAGGCGAUUGUAUUUGAGCGUGCACGUGUUAGAACCGUUAAAAUACGUGCCGCGUGCCUUGCUCUGUCAGACUCAGCAGUAGCAAUAAAAAAUAAAACAUUAAAAAUUGUCUGCAGUUCGCUACUUUCUCAAGAUGUCUGACGAUAUUUUGAGUGUCCAGUCAUGUGAGGACUUCAGUCGUGAGAGGUUACAACUGAAUCAACAUUUGGAGAAGAUGACUGAACAAAUGGAGAAUGUUUCAGUGAAGUUGUCUUGGAUGGCCUAUGAUAUGGUUGUGCUCCGAACCAGUCCAGAUCUCGCUGAAUCCCUCAAGUGCCUGGAGAAUGAGUUCCUUAAGUGCAAAGCUGUCAUUUGUGGUCCCACAGAUGGACAAGAUAAAAAAUCUCAUCCUGCUGCUGAAGAACCUAAUAUUCCCCAAGAAAAAAGUUAGAGUUUCCAUGUAGAACAGAGGCAUCUAAUAGGAUGAUGUUGAUGUUGUUAAAACUAAUGGAGUUAGAUCUGAGUUGUUUGGUGCCACCAUAUAUUUGUAAUUUAACAUGGUUUUAUUCCCUCAUACAAAUGAAUAAAAAUAUCAACGAAGCAGACAUCUUUAUUGUGAAUCUGAUUAAUCCAGUUCAUUAAAAUGCAAAAAAGGGGCUUCUCAAUGUUU